GAAAAAGCCAAAGAAUUCACCAAGGCAAAGAAUAAGAGGGCGGCAAUACAAUGUUUGAAGAGGAAGAGGCUGUAUGAGCAGCAAAUAGAGCAGCUUGCAAAUUUCCAAUGAUAAUGUUAGAAGGUGCCAAGGCAACCACAGAAACAGUUGAUGCAUUGAGAGUUGGAGCAGCUACUAUGAAGGCUAUGCAAAAAGCAACCAACAUUCAUGAUGUUGACAAGACCAUGGAUGAGAUCAAUGAGCAGACUGAGAACAUGAAACAAAUUCAGGAAACAUUGGAAGCAGAACUUGAAGAGCUAGAAGGUGCUCAGUUGGAAGAACAACUUCUUCAGCCUGCAACUACAGCUCCCGUAGCUCCUGUGCAUGUGCCAGCUGGGCGGCAACGUAAUCGCCCUGUUCCUGCAAAGCCUACUGCUGAAUUGGCAGCUUUGCAGGCAGAGAUGGCUCUUUGAGAAGGCACUGAUAUGCAUGAUAAGUGACCCCCAAAGAAUUUCAACCAGUGACACGGAAUAUUCUGCCUCUUUCAGUGAUCCGUAUCUGUGUAAAAAUCAUUGAACAGAGAAUGUAUAUAAAGGUGACAAAUAUUGAAAUGCCAUAAAGAACUUAUAGUUUGAG